UAGGAAACGACUGCACAGCCAGCACCUCCCGGCUACUCCCCUCACUACACCCGGCUCUGCAGACAGGCCACAACAUGGCGCCCACACUCACUCUUCCUCCUGGAGAGCAGGCGGUAGGCUUUCUGUGGGAGGUGACAGUGGUGGCAUGAAGCCUGUCCUCCUCCUUCUGCACUGUCCCUGAAGAUGAUGGAGAGGUUGGGCACCGAGAUGGGAGACUCUCAAGAUGUGGCAUCUCCUGCUAGAGAUACAGCAGAGGCGGAGAGCAGCAGUGGGGUGAAUGAGGGGGCGGCCCCCAGCUCCCCCCCUAGAGCUGUGCCGGUGAUUGAGCUGCUCAGGAGGGGGGAGGGAUCCACCAAUAUAAAGGCCAGAGAGCAGGAACUGAGACUACAAAGCUUGAGGACCACCGAACUGUGCAGAGCCCCUCUAACUCCAACCACAGAGCUCUGCAGAGCACCCUUACCUGCAACUACUGAGCUGUGCAGAGCCCCCCUAACUGCAACCACAGAUCUCUGCAGAACCCCCCUGACUGCAACCACAGAGCUCUGCAGAACCCCACUUCCAGUUCCUGGACCACCUCUCACUGCAACCACAGAUCUCUGCAGAACCCCACUUCCAGUUCCUGGACCACCUCUCACUGCAACCACAGAGCUCUGCAGAACCCCCCUGACUGCAACCACAGAGCUCUGCAGAACCCCCCUGACUGCAACCACAGAGCUCUGCAGAACCCCACUUCCAGUUCCUGGACCACCUCUCACUGCAACCACAGAACUCUGCAGACCCCCAAUUCCACUGACUGGACCCCAAGCUGAGCAAGCCUCUGAAGCCCGAAUGGUGCAGCUGAGUCCUCCAGAUAACCUCCCCUUGCAAACAGCUGGCAGAGCCAUGUUGUAUGGAUUGAGUCAGCCUCUGACCCCAGGAAACAGUGGCUACUUUGGCGAGACGGAAACCUUUCCAAUGUACAAUAAUAAUGUGAGGGUCAAGAGGCGGACAGGGCCGUAUGAAGUGGAAGUUACGGAAGGAGGUCCUCAUACAAAGGUGGUCCGUCGCAUCUUCACAAACAGCCGGGAACGAUGGAGACAGCAAAAUGUCAAUGGAGCUUUUGCUGAGCUCCGAAAACUGAUCCCAACUCAUCCUCCAGACAAGAAGCUAAGCAAGAACGAAAUCUUACGCCUGGCCAUGAAAUACAUUAACUUCCUUGCUAAACUUCUUGACGACCAAGAAGAAGAAGAAGGCAGCCAAAGGAGCAAAAUAAGUAAAGAUAAUGGUAUGGUCCAGCAAGAUCUUCUGCAAGACAUGCUGUCUCCAAACUCAAGCUGUGGAAGUUCUUUAGAUGGGGCGCCGAGUCCUGACAGCUUUUCAGAAGACCACGACACAAUGGACUCCAAACACAACAGAAAUCUGCACCAGGCCAUGCUCCCCAUAGAAAGCAACGGGCAGCGGUGACAGCGCCGUAGAACACUCUACUGACUGUGUCUUGACUAUGACACAUGGUUUGGGGCCCUUUUCUCUAUUCCCUGUGUUUAUUCACAUGGGAUGACAAGACAAUAUGCAUCUUAAAGGUACCCUGACAACACCCCUCCAAAUUCUGAGCACCGAAACCACAUCUAUCAUGGAGGCACGAGGAAGAAGAUGUCUUGAUGAAGUCAUGAUGUUCUACUUCUUCCCACCUUGAAAUGGCUUGGCCUAUCUGACAUCCUGGACAUGCCACACCUAUAAAUUUGGACCCGCAUUUCUACGACCAUGUCAGACAGGUUACCCCAAUGACUCGACCAUGAAAUGAGCAGCAAAAAAUUUUAAUUUAAAAGAUGAUCCUAUUUUUUGGAGCAAAUGGGAAGAACUUUGGCUUUUCCGAUGCUCAAUUACAUAAAAUAGGUAAUAUUCAAGGGAAGAAAUAUGCAACACUGGUGACUUACACCCAAGUGUUGGGACUUUCUUGUUUUUUUUUAAUUGGUACCUAAUAAAAAUAAGGUACAGUAUAUAGAUAUGAAUAUAUACAUUUAUUUCUGAAGUGUGCAGUUGGCAUCAGUAUUUUUACUAUUUAUAAUGGGGCAACAGAAUGUUAUUUGAUGUGACUACAAUAUUGGGUUAUAUUCAUUUAGGCUUUUUGGUAGGUUUGAUUGGUUGGUUUAUUUUUUUAUAUAUAUAUAUAUGCCUAUACAUGGGUCAGAAUGUCCCGCUUUUAUUCAGCGUGCAUCCUCAGUGAAAUAAUAAUCAGACAUAGAUACAAGAUAUACAUAAAAAUCGAAUUCUUCUGUAACUCAUGACAACUAUACAGACUGUGUUGCAAUCUGAUUGGAUGCUAUAACCAACCUAGGUCCAUUUCUUAUGCCCCUGAGGAAGGGGGUCCAGGAUCCAAGCUAGCAGGGUGUAGCUUGAAGGCGCUGGGCCAAAAUGCAAAAUCUAUAACAGGAUGCCCCCGUCUACCAUGUAUGCUCUUAUGUGACAGAGGGAAAUUUGGGCCCCCUCCAGCACCAGGGAUCGGGUGCCACUACCUCCGCACUCCUUCGAAGUUCAUCCAUAGUUGCCAACAGUCCUGAAUUUGUAUGGAUUGCUCUGAAUCUUCAGCAGGGGCAUAGCUAAAGGCUCAUGGGCCCUGGUGCAAGAGUUCAGCUUGGGCCCCGAUUCAGCUUGUGGCCAGGGGCAGGGGAGCACAUAGCCUUCCUGCUGCCUGAGGCAAAAGUUGAAACGGCCCCUCCCGAAUGCCAGAUUCUCAACCUAACCCCUUCCCUCCAGCCAGAGGUGUAACUUGAAGAUUCUGGGCCCUAGUGCAAAAUCUAUGACAUAGCCCUCCCAGGGUGCCCUUUCUAUAAUACUGGUGUCGUCUUAUGCACCACAAGGGUCUUUGGGCCCCCUCGGGCUCCUGGGCCCGGUAUCGACUGCCACCUCUGCACCCCCCUGUUGCUACACCCCUGAUCUUCAGGCACAUUUCCAGCUUGUCCUGGCCUGAGAAUGGUUGGGGCCUAUUUAAACCCUACCCAUAAGUGGGCUUUCCAGAUAGGUUUGGGGUGUGCGCAGGGUCAGCGUCCAUAUCAAUAAUAAGACUAUUCUGCCAUGUUACACACUUGGUCUAAUGUGUAAAACUUGUGAUCUGCAGCCAACAAACAUAUUGCUUAAUUUUCUGGUGGCUACAACCCAACUUAGACGUCAUAAAUGAGGUUUAGACUAUUAACUGUAUCCACCAUCCAUAGCAAACCUAAUACAUGUAUGUGAUCCCGCCCUAGAGGUUCCACCAUGUUAUCCGCCAGGCUUCUAGUAUCUGCAAUGGCUUCGCCCUCUCCCCAUACAGAUACUCUGUAUUUCAAAGGAUUGGAAGCAUUUCAUAUGGCUCCUGUUGCUUUUUCGGAGCUCCCACGAUGCAUUGUUUGGCAAUACGGAAAUAUUCUGAAUUCUUAAUUUCGCUUUAGAUAUGAAUAGAGAAGACCUGACGUAACUCAAUAAGUAUUAGAAAGCAGCUCUUGGGUGGGCUGAUAACUUCAUUUUGUGCAGGCAACUAAUGUCUUGUUUGCAAGGAUGUACAUACCAUAGAGCAGGUGCAUGCCGCUGCUGUGGGAAAAGGGACCUGGUUGUAACUGGUCCCAUUUCUCUGGGUGGAUGGCGUCCUAACCUCAAUUGGAGAGGGGCCCUAACUAUAUGUAGUAUAAGUAAUAGAUAGCAGAAACAAGCACCAGGUCUGCUUGGACCAUUGCACCACAAUGGGGCCCCACUGGGCUCAGGCACCAGAGGUACAACCAGUAUAUGACCAUGGAAGAAAACUGCCAACCUAAACGUCCCAUAUAAGUCAAAUUUUCCCCAUGUUGUCCCCGAGAUGAACCAACUGCCAGUAUAAGAGAUCCAUAGAUCCACAGGAUUGAUCUACCAUGAUCUAGUGUCCUGGGUAUUAAAGGUACAUGGACCUUUAUACAUCACAUCGAAACAUUCUGAGGUUCGCAUGAGUUUUCACUUGUUAUGAGAAAGGUACAUAGAUAUAUAUAUAUAGAUAGAUAUAUAAAUAUAUUUUUAUCCCUCUUUUCCUUCGCUUGCGCCGGAUCUCUAUGUAAAUUGACAGCACUUUCCCUUUAUGUCGUACUGUUCGAGUAAAGUCUUGAGUUUGUUUUCUGCAGAUUUUUUUUUCUUGUAUUUUUUUAUUUUUUAUUUUGCAGAAAGUAAGUAAUCGGGCCUGGUACCCAUUUAAUAAUUCCUCUACACGCUCAGCAGGGGAAGGGUUAACUUUGUAAAGCCGUUUCGGCAGUUCUGUCUAUGUGCUACUUACACUUUUUUUUUGUUUUGUUAUAUAAUGUAAUAUUGAAGAUGUUCUUCCUAAAUAAAAGUUCUAUA